UUAGUUUGUGGAGAGUGAUUAUAUAAAUACAUCCUCCAACUUGGAUCAGUCCUAUCGUGAGAUUUGAGGAGAAAUAACUAGGACGUAACUCUUCAUUAGGACGUUGUACCAGGACCAGGACAAGAAAUCAAGGAGGAAGAUGGUAAAGUUGACAGAGGAUAUGAUUGUGGCAAGGACCAGGGUGUCGGAUAUGGGUCAUGUUAAGAAACUAAACUGCUGUGUAAACGGUAUCAGCACCCUGGAGGAUAUAUCAUUCUGUAAACAUCUUCAAGAGUUAUAUAUCAGGAAGAACAAAAUACCAGAUAUAUCAGAGAUUUGUUGGUUGGCAGAUUUACCCAGGCUCAAGAACUUAUGGUUGGAGGAGAACCCUUGCUCAGAGGGAGGGGCGGAGCUUUACAGGUAUACUGGGGGCGUAGCUUUACAGUUUUACAGGUAUACAGGCGCGGAGCUUUACAGGUAUACAGGGGCGGAGCUUUACAGGUCCAAGGCGGAUGCAAUGAGACGAGGACUGGACCUAGUCCAUCCUCUGGAGGGUGGAGGGACUAUAGGACAAUCAGGUCCAGGGGGACAGGGGUCCUCUAUGGACUAUGAGGACGAAAGACGAUCAAUCAAGGAAGAUGAGCGGAAAAUGUCAAGAAAUCAACAACAACAGCAGUAUUAUGAACAGGAUGUUGAGUACACUAGAAGGGAAAGUGUUCAGAGCCCAUCUCGUCGUGUGAGCAAUCAAGUUAUCGAUGACCAACGACUACAAUAUUCACAGUAUCCCGUGACCAGAGCUCCGGAGGAUGACCUCCGACGAAUGAGUAUACGAGAAGAGAAUACAGCCAGGUAUAGUGAAGAACCCUACCGUCCCCAGAGGUCUAGUUACAGUGGUCCACCUCCGACCUCGUCUGACCUCUACUCUAGAGGUCAGUCUGAGUCUAGGGGUAGUUAUGAGCCUCGAGGCCCGUACAACCAAUACCAGCAUGAUUUCACCAGCAGAUCAGCCUCUGUUCAGCUUGAUGUGGAGGAGGGGGGUAGCAGGGCAACCACCCCCCUGGAGGAAACUCCAACCAGGGGGCCACGUUCAACUACCCCCCUGGUUAGGCAGGGUAGUAGGGCGGAGCUAGCCAGGGUUAGAGAGGAGGAGAGAGGACUUUCUUCUCUGGAGUUAGGAGGGGAGGGAAGGAGGAGUGGAGUACCAUCCUUGGAUCCAAUGGGAGUGGUUGAGGCAGAAGGGAGUCAGGACUCAAGAGUGUCAUCCCGUCAGAUGUCUCAAGCAGAUAUGAUGUCUGUUGUUAGCCAGCACUACAAUAGUACGUAUAGACAGGUUGACCAACAGCUAGAGAGUGCUCAUCAGUUGCUGGCUGCGCGCAGGUCAACUUCCCCUCUCCAGAGACCCUACCCGGUCAGACCGAAAAACAGGAACUCGAAUGUGUUGUCUGCUAUCCUCUGCCUGAUCAAGGAGAUAGAUGGACCUAGUUUAGAGGUUGUAGAGAUGGCUGUCAGAUGUAGGAUGGAAGAAUUAGACGAUUAGAUGAUUUGAUUCUGCUCAAAUCCUUUAGAUUGAGUCUGCUCCAAUCCCAAAGUUUAAUCCAACCAACAGCAAGAGCUCUAAUCUUAAUAAAAAAGUGUCUGAAGCUUUACAUUUACUUUUAACAUGUGAUACAUUGUAAUCUUUAAACCUGUCAUAAAUGCCAGGCGCAACUUGAGUUUUUAAGAAGGGGGGCAGGGGAUCAAAUCUCCCCCCCCCUUUUUUAGUUGUGACAGGUCAGACCAAGGUUGUA